UGACAUAAUUCAUUGAUAGCCACCUGAACUACUGCGGGUGUGGGACAGGCUUUAAAAAUGGGGGUCCUGACCAGCCAAGUGCUCCCCUGCCAUGACAGCCACAAAGGCACGUCCUCUUGUCAGUCCAGCAAGCGACGCCGCUCCAUGCUCUUCUCUCUGCCAGGUGACAGAAGAACAGCCAGUACCUCCCGAUUGAGACGCCACUGAGCUCUCUGGUGAGGAACGCCAGGCCCCUGCCUCCGUCCUGGACCAGCCCAGCUGCCGGAUCCCAGAGGACAACACCACCGGGAUCCCCAAUAAGCCUGCACCCGCAGCAUCAGGAACUUGUUGUUUCCUUCUCUGCUCAAUGUCACUAAUCAUCAGAGAAAUACAAAUUAAAACCACAACGAGAUAUCAUCUCACACCUGUCAGAAUGGCUAUCAUCAACAAAUCAGAAGCAACAAGUGUUGGCCAGGAUGUGGAAAAAGGGGAACCCCUUGUGCCCUGUUGGAAUACAGGAGAAGGUCUGCCAGAACCCAUCUGCCUCCUGGCCUGCAGAAAGAACAGAAACAUGAGCACAGCAGGAAAAGUAAUAAAAUGCAAAGCAGCUGUGCUAUGGGAGAUAAAGAAACCCUUUUCCAUUGAGGAGGUGGAGGUAGCACCCCCUAAGGCUCAUGAAGUCCGUAUAAAGAUGGUGGCCACAGGAGUCUGUCGGUCAGAUGACCACGUGGUUAGUGGAAACAUAGUCACACCUCUUCCUGUGAUCGCAGGCCAUGAGGCAGCUGGCAUUGUGGAGAGCAUUGGAGAAGGGGUGACUACAGUAAAGCCAGGUGAUAAAGUCAUCCCACUCUUUACUCCCCAGUGUGGAAAAUGCAAUGUUUGUAAACAUCCGGAAGGCAACUUCUGUGUGAAAAAUGAUCUGAGCAUGCCUCGCGGGACCAUGCAGGAUGGUACCACCAGGUUCACCUGCAAAGGGAAGCCCAUCAACCACUUCCUUAGCACCAGCACCUUCACCCAGUACACAGUGGUGGACGAGAUCUCAGUGGCCAAAAUUGAUGCAGCCUCACCUCUAGAGAAAGUCUGUCUGAUUGGCUGUGGAUUCACAACUGGCUAUGGGUCUGCUGUCAAAGUUGCCAAGGUGACCCCAGGCUCCACCUGUGCAGUGUUUGGCCUUGGAGGAGUCGGCCUGUCAGUUGUCAUGGGCUGUAAAGCAGCUGGAGCAGCCAGGAUCAUUGGGGUGGACAUCAACAAAGACAAAUAUGCGAAGGCAAAGCAAGUGGGCGCCACCGAGUGCAUCAGCCCACAGGACUUCAAGAAACCCAUCCACGAGGUGCUGAAGGAAAUGAGCGGUGGAGGUGUGGAUUUUUCAUUUGAAGUCAUUGGUCGGCUUGACACCAUGGAGGCUGCUUUGGCAAGCUGUCAUGAGGCAUAUGGUGUAAGCGUCAUUGUAGGAGUACCUCCCGAUUCCCAGAAUCUCUCCAUGAACCCCCUGCUGCUAUUGAGUGGGCGUACCUGGAAAGGAGCAGUUUUUGGUGGCUUUAAGAGUAAAGAUUCCGUCCCCAAACUUGUGACUGACUUUAUGGCUAAGAAGUAUUCAUUGGAUCCAUUAAUAACCCAUGUUUUACCUUUUGAGAAAAUAAAUGAAGCAUUUGACCUGCUUCGUUCUGGAAAGAGUAUCCGCACCGUCCUGACAUUUUGAAAUCAUACAAAGGCCUUCACUUGUAGCUGUCUUCUGGCUCCUUCAUCAUCUGGCACAUCAGACAAACAACAUCAAUAAUUCUGUUCUUCAGAGAUGUUGUCAAUAAAUUACACAUGGGAGGUUUCCAUGGGAAAUCAAGAAACAAAAAAUUAUGUGAAAACCUUUUUCGGGCAUAUUUUAAAAAUCCAAGUGAAAGUUAGAUGAGCCAUCAGCUGAGUCAUUGAAUCCAAUAAACAUUUCUUCUUAAUCACUCCA